GAGCGACUAAAUAAGUACACGCGUAGAGUUUAGGAAGGCUUAAAACACGGCAACGGGACGAGGGUGCGGAAUUUCAGACACGACGAGCUUAUAUACGCAUAUUACGUGCGUGUCCCUCGUUAACGCGUCCAAGUUUUCCGUGUGUGCCGUCACGCGUGUUUCGUCCCGAGGAUAUGACAGAACAAGAAUUGUGUCAGUUAAGAGACUCGUCCAAUGACACGGCUUAAAUAUAAACCAAAUAUAUACGGGCGAGACCGCACGAAACCGACAUCUCUCUCUUUCGGGAGAAUAUAGACGCGUCUAUUUAUGCUCACACUAACUAAUCUACCGAAGGAAAGUUUGAAGCAGCGGCGUACGAAAUCAAGAAUAAUUCAAUUAUGCACCAGAGGACGUCACUUCUCGCGACACCAGGAGACGUUAAAAGUGCCCAUGUCGCUUUUUCGCGAUAAUCGCCAGCGACUCAUCUCACGUCUCCGUGCAAAGAAUGAAGUUUCUGCCGCGGGCGCUUUCGUCCUUCUUCAGGGUGGCGUGGACGUUCCCUUCAACGACACCGACGUAAACUGGCCCUUCAGACAGGAAUCGUUUUUCCAAUGGUGCUUCGCAGUGGAGGAGCCAGGAUGUUACGGCGCUCUCGAUCUGGACAACGGCCUCUCGAUUCUCUUCGUGCCGAGGUUACCGUCCGAAUACGCGAUUUGGGAGGGCAAGCUGCAUACCCUGGAUGAAUUGAAGGAGCGAUACGGCGUGGAUGAAACUUACUACACCGAUGAGAUUGCACGCGUGCUGAAGGAAAAGCGAGCGCGCCUUUUGCUCACGCUGAGCGGCAGAAACAGCGAUAGCGGCUUAUUGACACGCGAAACGAUUUUCGACGGUAUCGACGAAUUCAAGGUGAAUAAUAGUAUCCUGUAUCCAGAAAUAUGUGAAUGCCGGGUAAUAAAAUCUCCCGAAGAAAUUGAGGUAUUGCGGUACGUGUGUAAGAUAAGUUCGGAGGCACACAAGACCAUUAUGCGCUCUAUGCGUCCCGGGAUUCCAGAGUACACGGCAGAAUCUUGGUUCUUGAAUUACGUAUACAGCACGGGAGGAUGCAGGCAUGUUUCUUACACGUGCAUCUGCGGAUCCGGACAUAAUUCCUCUAUAUUACACUAUGGUCACGCCGGCGCGCCGAAUAAUAAAGUAAUACAGGAUGGAGAUAUGUGCUUGUUCGACAUGGGUGGCAAUUAUUGCGGAUACGCAGCCGAUAUUACGUGCAGCUUUCCGGCCAACGGGAAAUUUACCAAGGAUCAGAAGCUGAUUUACAACGCGGUGUUGAAGGCGCGGAAUGCGGUGAUCGCGGCCGCGAAGCCGGGGGUUGCCUGGACGGAUAUGCAUCUCUUGGCGAACAGAGUCAUGUUGACGUCGUUGAAAGAGGGCGGACUCUUGGUGGGCGAUGUCGAGGAUAUGAUGAAAGCGGGUCUGAACGAACUGUUUCAGCCUCACGGACUGGGCCAUCUAUUGGGAUUGGAUGUGCACGACGUAGGCGGAUAUCUGUCGGGGCAUCCUGAACGUUCAAAUCAAGCGGGGCUGAGGAAACUGCGAACCGCUCGUACAUUGCUCGCCGGAAUGGUCCUCACGGUAGAACCGGGCUGCUACUUUAUAGACUGCUUGCUGGAUGCAGCUUUGGCCAAUCCAGAGCAGUCAAAGUUUCUCGUGCGAGAACAGUUGCAAAGGUUCCGCGGUUUUGGUGGCGUCAGGAUAGAAGAUGAUGUUCUUAUAACAGAGAAUGGAGUGGAAAAUAUGACGGAUGUUCCUCGCACAGUCGAAGAAAUAGAGGAAUAUAUGCGGGAAGAGAAUUGAUUCGUAGAAUUAAGAGAUUUCAAACAUAUAAUAGUGUUUUCAAAAAAUUGAACACUUUGUAUGCUUGUUAUUAACGUCGGUCAAAUAACUGUAAGUGAAGAUAAUCGUGAUAAAAAAAGUCUACUAAUAAGAACUUCCUAUGAAGGUAUAAAGCCAUAUAUAUUUUCCUAUAAAGCCAUAUAUAUUUGUAUCUACUAUACUUUUUAUACAUAAAUGUAACAUUUAUACAUAAUAAAGCGCAAGGGUUUCUAAAACUCCGUAACGUUACAUUAUCA